CAACGUCGAUUCGAUAAAAAGAGGCAACGAAGUAAUCAGAAUCGUCAUGACGCAGAAACGAGGCGUGGAAGAAGGGGAACAGUUGGGAGGAUCAGUCGAAGAAGAGGGAAAACGUGCACGAAUGGAGGAUGAUGAUGAAGAUAAGGUGAAUCGUGAGCGACGUAAGAUUGAAAUCAAGUUCAUUGAAGAUAAGAGUCGUCGUCAUAUUACAUUUUCGAAGCGAAAGGCCGGAAUUAUGAAAAAGGCAUAUGAAUUAUCAGUUCUCACAGGGACACAAGUUUUAUUACUUGUUGUAUCAGAAACGGGUCUUGUUUAUACGUUUACAACACCUAAACUUCAGCCCUUAGUAACGAAAGCUGAGGGAAAAAAUUUAAUACAAGCAUGUUUAAAUGCACAAGAUUCAAACACUGGAAUUCAGGAUGAAGCAGAACCUAAUCUUAUUAAUGGACCGACAAAUAUUGGUACAACAAAUCUUCAAUCAUAUCCUCCGCCUCCUCCUUCAAUGAGAGCACUUUAUUUUAAUCCGGAUCAAGCUGCUGUUUAUCAGCAGUAUAUGCAACAACCUCCAUAUAUGCAACCUGGGCGUAUGCUAACUCAGCCGCCUCCACCUCAACAUCAUUUACCUCAUCUUGUGCCCAUGGGAGGACACUUACCUCAUCAUAUGAAUGACGUACAUAUUCGAGUUGAUAAAUAGUCAUACAACAGUUUUGCAAAUAAAAGAUCGAAUAACAGUAUCUUG